AUGAAACUUAUUACUAUUGCAAAGAUCCUUACGUAUCUUUUUUGGGUCGGGGACUGUGACCAAGAGGAGAAGCCAUUAUUUUAUGAAAGCUGGAAAAUACUUGAUGACGAAAAUGAUUCGAUAAAGAUAAAAAGUUCUCACAUUCUUGCUUUCAGGUCUGAUAAAGCAAGACAACAUCUGAUUAUGAUGUCUGAAAUUACGGAAUAUAUGUCAAAUGGAAAAGAGCAGAACUACGUAAUGAUUCAAUACAAUGGUACCUCAUAUAAAUUUGCUGAAAUUGCUAGCUAUAAUAGCUUUGAUGUAAAUGAAGAAAAAGGUAUGGCUUAUUUUCACAACUCUGCCAAAUCCCCAGACACAGACGGUAAUCUUAGGAUAUACUGAAUAAAUUAUGCUGACGCUAAAAUGAAGGAAGUUAAAGUUUAUAAUAUAACAAACCUGGGGCUCAGAUUAAUGGCUCCAGAGUUUGGUAGAUUGAAAGUGAUUGAACAGACAAAUAAGGUUGUUUUUACAGCAAAAGAUACUGAUUCCAGAAAGUAUAUCUGCCUUUUUGAGGAAAAUAAGGAAGUGGGAGACAAACCAAGUGCUAAAAUAAAUUGUAUCAGGCUAAGAAACCAGGCUUGGGGUGAAACCUUUAUCCAUUAUGAUGAUGGUAUUAAUAAAUCAAAAGUUCUGUUCUCAAAGAAGGCAGAUGCCAAGAGAAUCACAUUACAAAUUAUUGACUUUGACUAUGAAAAUGAAAUAUCUUAUUGGAUUGACACCCCAGAAACCCUAAGCGAUAAUAUGCCAAUCAGUGACGGGUAUUACUAUAAGUAUGACAAUACUGACCAAGUUGGAUACUUCUACUUGUUUGCAUGUUUUGGCCAAAGAUUGGUAUUAUAUAAAUUUGAUGCAGUUAGGGAUACACUACAUCUUGGCAACGAGACUUACCAGAUGAAAUUGAGCGAGUCAUUAACUAAAAUUACCUUCAUUGACACUAUAAACGAUACCAAUUACUGACUGUUUUCUUCUAAAUCUUCAAAUAAAGGAGGAAGCUUACAAGAAGAAAAGACUUUUCUGACAAUUUUUAGCAUUAAACAGAACAGAACACUUGUUUAUGAAGUGAACACUAAAAGUAAUCGCAUUCCUCUUUUUCUGACCGACCCAAGACUACAUUUUGCAUUGAAAGAUUAUAAUAGACCAGAUGUUGACAAAGAAAUUUAUUAUGUCAAGUCAACUGUUCUUCUUGAAAGUGCAAAUAUAGCUGUGGGAAUAGAUUAUCAGCCAAAUAUCACAUUCCAAUGGCUUAUAGAAGAGCGAGUUACUCUAAAAAUCAAUACUAGUAACCCUUAUUCCACCGUUAAUGAAUCUUCAGCUUUUGGAGACUCAAUAACUCCUAUAUUUUCCACUCGAAUUGAUACGAAAAAUGACAAAAAAAAUUUAACUAAAAAUUUAAAUCUUGCUCCAAAAUACAUCGACAUCAAGAAUGGAGAUAAAUUUUUUGUUGAUGCCACCCCUGAUCUUGAAAUUGAUCCAAUUGUAGAACUUUGAGACAAAAAGAAUGAUCUAAAAAAGGAUAAGCAUUGUGACCAGUUCAUUUGAACUUAUCAUAAAAACAAAACUGAUAAUAAUUUGGAAUGAGAACCUAAGAAAAUUCUUGAGUCUCCAAAAGAUUUUAGGACAUAUUUCGAUAAUAAAUAUAGCCUAUCUGGAUUUGAUAAGAAUACAUAUUACCAGCCAAUUCUUAUUAGUCAAAGCCAGUGUGUAAAUGGAUGAAAAAAAUGUGAAAAACUGGAUGAUCCUACCCAGAACAAUGAUCCAAACAUACAAAGAAAAUGCAGUAAAUGCUAUACUGAAAUAGGGUAUAUCAAGAAUGGAGAGAACAUUUGUGUUCCAACCUUCUAUUACUUUAUUAAAUACUCUCAGUAUGUACUAACCCCAGUCCUCACACUCCUAUGGGCCCUGUCCUGGAAGCAAGAAUACUUCAACUUCUUCAAACUACACAUCCUACACUACCAAUCUUUCUACUUGAUCCUGUUUAUUACUUUCAACAUGUCUAUUUGGAAGACAAUAUUUGAUGCUUUUAUAUUCUUCAGAGGGUUGAGUUUUCCAGCUGUCUAUUUAUUCCCUCCUGCUAUUACAAGGAUACCAGAGAAGACGACGGCAGAAAAGCAAGCUUCAGUCUUGGGGAAUAUCUUCAACAUUAUCAUUUGUUCUUGCUUUCUCUUAUCUUCUGUCUCAUACUUCUUUAUGUAUGUUUUAAGGUUGUGAGAAAAACUUGGAGUGAACAAAUUAGAGCCAAGCUAGGCUAUGCUAUUUGUUUGCUCAUUCAUUACAGCUUCUUUGGAAUGCUUGAUAACCUCAGGUGGCUUCUAGGCAGAACAUUUAGUCAUGAUGAUGAAGACAAGACGAUGAAGCCUUUUGAAUUAACCUCUAUGAUGAUUCUUGAAUACCUGCUGAUGGGAAUAAUUAUGUUUGUAUACUUCUGUGUUUGGGGUAGAAUUAUUAUGAAGUUCUUGAAAGCAGUCGCAACAGAUAAUAUUCUUGUGCUUAGAGAGAACCCAAUGGUGAGAGGACUCUGAGCUAACCACCCAAGCCAUUUCUUAUUUUAUCUAUUCAUUGAGAUUAAAUUUAUCAUU